GCAGCACGACUACCAAGUCACCCCUCGCCAGCGCGAAAGUGUAUGUGUCCUCCUGGGCAGCAGAGGUGAAUGUUAAACCAAACGACAUCCGAAGAAAGUGAAGAAGCAGCGGCACUGCUCUUGUAACAUAAAUUGGAGACGCUGGAGUUAUAGUGUGGAAUAAUUAAACCGGGCGCCUGCGCGAAAAUGAACGACGUGGGUGCGAGUGCAGAGAGGGCGAGCGCACCUCGCGUAGUGGCGGAGGAGGUGAUCGCGGAGGGGAAGUGGGUCAGACUGGAGAAGACCACAUAUGUGGAUGCAGCGGGAACCACGAGAAUCUGGGAGACAGCAAAGAGGACGACCAGAAGGAGCACCACGACGGCUGAUGGUGUAGGAAUAAUUGCUGUCUUGAAAAGGACGCUCCACAAAGACUGUAUGGUUUUGGUGAAGCAGUUUCGACCUCCACUGGGCUGCCACACUUUGGAAUUUCCAGCAGGACUCAUCGACGACAACGAGACUGCAGAAGCGGCAGCGCUGAGAGAGCUGAAGGAGGAGACAGGCUACAAAGGGGAGGUAGUAGGCAUAACCCCAGUGACAUGUCUGGAUCCGGGCCUCUCAAACUGUACCACUUACAUUGUCACGGUGAACAUCAAUGGUGAUGACCCUGACAACCUCCAUCCCUCGCAGAAACUGGGUGAAGGAGAAUUUGUUGAGGUUAUUCUUCUGCCUCUCGAUGAGUUUCAAAAGAAAAUUGACGAGUUGCUCCAGAGAGAAGAUGUAGUCAUGGACUCCAAGGUCUACAUUUAUGCUAUGGGCAUCACACAGGCCUUUGCAAAGCCUAAAGAGCUUCCAGUGCUCAAACAGUGAGACUUCAUACUCUCUUGACUGGUCUUCUUUCAACAUUCCUAGGACUCAUGAGUGCCUUGAGCUUGGGCCAAGACCACAGUCUCUAGAACUGUAGACAUAAUUUUUGUUGUCUGUAACCAUAAUAGAGAUCCAUCUUGUGCAAAACACCUGUUAAAUGGUGUGGCUUCUGCUGACAGAGUAGCGAAACAUCAUUUAACUUGUUAAAGUAAACUGACGUAUGGUCAGUGUUGUACAAGUUAAUAAACAUUUCCUUACUGUUAAUGUGUUUGUAUACAUAAAUGUAAAUCAGCAAAUGCCAGCUAAGUAGAUUAAGAUCUUUGCCCAUAUGUUCAAUAUGCUUAGCUCAUGAGAUCACCUGGAAGAGAAAUAGAUUAAUUUUAUAUUUCAAGUGUCCAACAAUCAGGGAAAUAAAAUCCUGAGCAGUAUUUUACUUCAAAUUAUUGAGUCACAGAAGUUGUGCAGUUGUACAUCUUGUGGUUCAUGAAAAAUCUGUAGCAAAGACAUAGGUCCAGACCAAUUGUUCCAGCACUGGAUGACUUAGAAGGGCAUAACAGCCUCAAUGAGGCAUCUGCAUUUAUUCCCAUACCCAUGCUGUUCAGUGUCUGGAUUGGUUAUACUGUUCUGUGCAUGAACGAUAAAGCUGCAUGUUUGAAACUAGGCUGGAAUAUUGAAGUUGAAGACAAAAUAGAAAAAUUAAGGUUUAGAGUAAUUCCCAUUCCAAACUAAAAUACAAAACACCACACCACCUUGGGUUUCCCCUGAGGAACUUGACUACAAGUGUUGAAUGGCAGAACUUUUUGU